AUGGCUCUACAGGAGGCCCGAGAGGCUUAUCUCAUAGGUCUCUUUGAGGACAUCAACCUCUGUGUCAUACAUGCUAAGAGUGUUACCAUCAUGGUCAAAGACAUACAGUUGGCACACAGGAUUCAUGGAGGGCGGGCAGAGAAGAUCACCAAUUCUACACAACCAGGUGAACAUAAAGAGAAAAAAAUAAUACAGCCACCACAUUUAGGCAUUGGUAAGCUGCAAUAUAUUACAUUUUUGCUUUUGGAUUUAUUAUUGCAAUAA